AUGGGGUGUGGACCUUCCACAGACACGGCAACCUUGCCGAGUGCUGUCCAUCAGUCCGCGCCUGCUCCCCCAACAUUUACCGCCAUCGCUGACAAGUACGAAACGUAUGCGGAACUGCAACAAGCGUUGCGCAGGGCGGGGCUCGAAUCGUCCAACCUCGUCGUUGCAAUUGACUACACAAAAUCCAACGAGUGGAGUGGUGAAAAGUCGUUCCAAGGCAAGAGCCUCCACUACAUUGACCCGACCGGCGCUAACGUGAACCCAUAUCAGUCUGUGAUCCACAUCAUGGGACGCACGCUCGAGGUCUUCGACGACGACAAACUGAUCCCGGCCCUGGGGUUUGGAGAUGUUCAAUCCGGUUCGACAGGCUUCUUCAGCCUUGGCGUGAACAAUCGCCCAUGCCACGGCUUCGAUGAAGUCCUCGCGCGAUACAAGGAGCUCACGCCAACGAUCCAUCUGUCUGGACCCACCAACUUUGCCCCCGUCAUCCACGAAACCAUCCGCAUCGUGCAGGAAACGCGGCAAUACCACAUUUUGGUCAUCGUGGCGGACGGUCAAGUGACGAGCGAAAAGGAAACGCGGGAUGCGAUCGUGGCUGCUUCGAACUAUCCGAUCUCUAUCAUCAUGGUGGGCGUUGGUGACGGGCCAUGGGACAUGAUGGAAGAGUUCGACGACAAGUUGCCCACGCGCCGGUUCGACAACUUUCAGUUUGUCGAGUAUUCCAGGGUGCUGCGACUGAACCCACGGACCCCCGAGGUCGGGUUCGCCACCGCCGCUCUCAUGGAAGUGCCAGACCAAUUCAAGACUAUUAAGCAGCUCGGCUUGUUGUAAGUGCCCCGCAGCUCAUUCACACCACGAUGAAAUGGCGCUCAUGCGCGUGUAUAUCUUUACGUCGUAAUCCACUUCGCCCUUCGACGAUGUCAUGGACUAUCCCA